GUCAAAAUUCGCGUUGUAAGGAGAAGUGUAUGAAAAUAAAGAAAAUUCUCACGUUUUCCCUAAUUCUCUUGAAUUCUAAAUCAUUAAGAAUAAUUUCUAAACUCCUUAAGUUAUAGAGUGUAAUAUAAAAAAUGUCGAAAAGGUUACAGAGUACGGAUCAGGCGAAAAAUGACGAAAUUAUUGAUGAACUAACAAAGAAUUUGGAAACAUCGUUAAAAACUGAGGAAUCUGUGGAUGAAUUUGUCAUAAGUCCUGGUACAAGUGCUGAGGACUUUCCUAAGGCGGCUGGAGACGCACCACAGACAAGCGACAUACCUCGAAUCUACCCAGAUCUAUCCGAAGACGAUGGAAUAGAAAAAGAUUUCGAAGAAAAUUCAACAGAAACCAAAGAGGACAGUGAUACGGACAUCGAUGAGGUGUCUCUGAAGGAUGCUGAGGUGGACCUCACCGAUGACCAGAAAGAGGAACGGAGAAUCAUUGCCGAGGAGCUGAAGAAAGCUGGCAAUGAUGCGUUUAAAGACGGUGACUUUGAACGGAGUAUUGAGAAGUAUACUGAAGGUCUCCGAACGUGUCCGCUCCAGUUCUCACAACAGCGUGCGAUACUCUACUGCAACCGCAGCGCUGCCAAGAUGAAGCUCAAGAAGUACAAGCAAGCCAUCAAGGAUUGCUCUAAAGCUAUUGAGUUGGACGAAAAUUAUGUUAAGGCUUAUAUACGGAGAGCGCAAUCAUACGAGGCGACAGAGAAACUAGACGAAUCAUUAGCGGACUACAAGAAAAUAUUGGAAUUCGACCCCUCACACAAGGAAGCUAAGCAAGCUACCAUCCGUUUACCACCUUUAAUAGAAGAAAAAAACGAAAAACUCAAAACUGAAAUGCUAGGCAAACUAAAAGACCUAGGAAACAUGAUUUUGAAACCUUUUGGGCUAUCUACGGAGAAUUUCCAGAUGGAACAAGAUCCAGUUUCAAAAGGAUACAAGAUUAAUUUCAAACAAUAGUUUCGUUUUAAGUGAAAUUUGUGAUAUAAACUUACUUAUCUAUAUUGUUUUAUUUAAUUAUAUAAAAUUUACUUGA